GUUCUAGAAGAAGAAAUCAGGAGGAGAGGCCGAGACCUGGUUGCUCUUAAAGCUCGGGCGCAGGAACUCACAGAACACAAUGCCAGCGCCGAAGUGGAAUCUCUCGACAACCGACUCCGAGCCCUCACAACUCAGUUGUCCACUGCCCCUCCAUCCCCGCCAGCCGUGGCUGCUGCCAGAAUCCGAGAGACCACCCAGUCGCCGGUUCUGUCCACUACCUCUUCAGCUGUGGCCUACAGUUCUCCCAGCGAGAGCGUCAUCAGCCGCACGUCGUAUAAUGUUGUGUCCACCAGCGUCACCAGAACUACCACUUUGGCGCACUCGCCUGCUCACUAUCUGCAGGCUCUCAGGCGGCUCUUGGCGCAGAUCUCCCAGCUGAGGUCCGACAUGGAGCAGGAGGAGGGGGUUCUUGUUGAAGAUGAGGCCAGACAGGCGCAGGAUGCCAAGAUAAAGAUAGAGGAGCAGAAAGUCUGGGAUAUUCAAGAGAACCUAACAGAGCUGGAGUCUCAGAAGGAUGACGUCAUGCUGCAAGCCAGCCAGGAGGAGGCCGCCAAUAUCCGCUCCCAGAUGGAGCAGCUGCUUCGAGAGUGGUCCAAACUGAGUGAUACACACACUACUAGAAUGAA